AUGGUAACUAUCUGGGACCCCAGGGGCCUCCAUUUCACCCUCCUUUGCCUGAAUACCAGCACCCCCAAUCUGGAUCACAGGAGCCUCAGGUCCCCCAGCACCUCUCGGUGCUCAUCUGAGGAGCUGCUGGAUCGCCUCUUCAAGAAGGGUGUAGUGACUGAGGCUGAGGUCAAAGUCUAUAUCCAGCAGCUGGUGGAAGGCCUGCACUAUUUGCACAGCCAUGGUAUCCUUCACCUGGACAUAAAGCCCCCCAACAUCCUGAUGGUGCACCCAGCCAGGGAAGACAUUAAGAUCUGUGACUUUGGAUUUGCCCAGAAGAUCACCCCUUCAGAGCCACAGUACAGCAAGUACGGCUCGCCUGAAUUUGUGUCCCCAGAGGUCAUUGAGCAGAGUCCUGUGAGCGAGGGCUCAGACAUCUGGGCCAUGGGCGUCAUCUCCUACCUCAGCCUGACCUGCUCAUCCCCAUUUGCUGGAGAGAGCGACCGUGCCACCUUGCUGAAUGUUUUGGAGGGGCGGGUGUCUUGGAGUAGUCCCACGGCUGCCCAUCUGAGUGAGGAUGCCAAGGACUUUAUCAAGGCCACGCUACAGAAGACCCCUGGCGCCCGGCCUAGCACUUCCCAGUGUCUUGCCCAUCCCUGGUUCCUGAAAUCUAUGCCGGCUGAGGAGGCCCACUUCAUCAACACCAAACAGCUCAAGUUCCUUCUAGCCCGAAGUCGCUGGCAGCGUUCCUUGAUGAGCUACAAGUCUAUCCUGGUGAUGCGCUCCAUCCCUGAGCUGCUCCAGGGUCCUCCAGACAGUCCAUCCCUGGGAGUGGCCCGGCACCUCCGAGGGGAAGCCAGUGGUUCCUCUAGCUCCUCGUCUUCCUCGGACAAUGAGCUCGCCCCAUUUGCCAGGGCUAAGUCGCUGCCACCUUCCCCUGUCUCUCACUCCCCACUGCUGCACCCUCGGGGCUUUCUACGGCCUUCUGCCAGCCUCCCAGAGGAGACAGAGGCCAGCAUGCCUACUGCUGAUGCGGCCAUGCCAGCAUCUCCCCAGGGUGCUGGGCCUCCAAGAAGUCCAGGUUGUGUGCCCCGGCACAGUGUCAUCAGCAGCUUGUUCUACCAGCAAGCUGGUGAGGGUUCAGAGCGUGGGAGCCAAACCUCGAGUGCGAAGAGGCACCCGGCUAGGAGGCGGCACCUGCUAAAGGGUGGGUACAUUGCAAGAGCCGUACCAGGUCUGCGAGAACCACUGAUGGAGCACAGUGUGCUGGAGGAGGAGGCUGCUAGGGAGGAGGAACAGGCCGGCCUGCUGACCAAGACACCCUCCUUUGAGACUGCCCUACGACUACCUGGCUCCAGUGGCCGAGAGGUCCCGGGCCGAAGCCGCUCCCUGGACCACAACCCACCAGAUGCCACGGGCCCCUCUCCUGAGGCAUGCAAGGGACAAUACCUGUUCCCGCCCCGCUCAGGGGUGACCCGUGAAGCCACUGACAAGGACAUGGGGCACAAAGAGGGGUUCUUUUCACCUAGUGGCGACUUGAGACCUGCUAAUCAAGAGGGAUCAUCGCAAGACAGUUGUAGAGAGAAACCUGCCCCUUCUUGUCACUCUGAACUUGGUUCUGGCCCCCCGGAGGGCUGCAGUUCUCUAUCACCACAGUCGCUUGGCUGCUUACCUCCACAGUCACAAAAGGGCCUCUUGACACCCUGUGCUCCUUUCCUCUCCGGACAGCCUCAGGCAGCACCAUUCCCAACCCAAGCAAGCCCUCUUCCGGAGGAGCCUCAGGAUAGCACGCUCCCUGGAGGGCCAUGUCCCUCCAGUUCCCCAGGGCCAGCCUCCCAAGUAGGUGCCUCCCUGGAUACUGAAGGCUUGUCUGAAGCAGGGGACACAUAUGACUUCACACCCCCUCCACAGAGGCCUCAGGAGCAGGCCACCACCCGGAAGUUCUCCCUGGAAUCUCGUGGGGGCUAUGCAGGGGUGGCAGGCUAUGGCACCUUCGCCUUUGGCGGGGAUGCAGGGGGCAUGCUAGGACAGGGUCCUCUUUGGGCCAGGAUGGCCUGGGCUGUGUCCCAGUCCUCAGAAGAGCAGGAUGAAGCUGCGAUUGAGAGCUCUCAACCUCUGGCCAGCUCAGGGCCCAUGGCUGGGGCCUGUGGAGUUCCUUUAAGGACUUCCCCAAGCCUCACCCCAUGGGAGGAAGUGGAGCAGGUGUCCCUGGUACAGAUCCGGGAUCUGUCUGGUGAUGCAGAGGCAGCCGACACCAUCUCCUUGGAUAUUUCUGAGGUAGAUCCCGCCUACCUCAAUCUGUCUGAUCUAUAUGACAUCAAAUAUCUCCCAUUUGAGUUCAUGAUCUUCAGGAGGGUCCCCAAACCUACAGAGCAGCCAGAGACACCUGGCUCUGAAACUGAGGCCGGGCAAGGGCUGGCAGAGUUCCUGGAGGAGGCCGUGUGGCCCUGGCCAGGCGAGCUGGGACUACGUGCUGGCCUGGAGAUUACAGAGGAGCCAGAGGAGCCAGAUGACCUGGAAGCGCUUCUGGGAGAGGCUGCUGUGGGCAGGAAGCGAAAGUGGUCCCCCUCCCGUGGCUUCUUCCAAUUCCCUGGGAGGUGCCUGUCAGGGGAGGAGCCUGUGGAGCUUGGGCUGCGCCAGAGGGUGAAGGCCUCCAUGGCUCACAUCUCCAGGAUCCUGAAGGGCAAGCCGGAAGGUCCUGAGAAGGAGGAGCCCCCCAGAAAGAAGGCAGGCCUAGCUUCUUUCAGGCUGUCAGGCCUGAAGGGCAGGGACCAAGCCCCAUCCUUCCUAAGAGAGCUCUCAGAUGAGGCUGUGGUGCUGGGCCAAUCAGUGACAUUGGCCUGCCAGGUGUUGGCCCAGCCAACUGCCCAGGCUACCUGGAGCAAAGAUGGGGCCCGCCUGGAGAGUAGCGGCCACCUCCUCAUCUCUUCCACCCUGAAGAACUUCCAGCUGUUGACCAUCCUGGUGGUGACAGAGGAAGAUCUAGGCACAUACACCUGCUGUGUGAGCAAUCCGCUGGGGACAGCAGUCACUACAGGCGUCCUCCGGAAAGCAGAGCGCCCCUCAUCCUCUCCACGCCCAGAGGUGGGGGAAGUGUCCACAGAUGCCGUGCUGCUGGUCUGGAAGCCCGUGGAAUCCUGUGGCCCAGUGACCUACAUUGUGCAGUGCUGUAUAGAAGGAGGCAGCUGGACCACCCUGGCCUCUGACAUCUCCGAUUGCUGCUACCUCACCAGCAAGCUAUCUCGGGGUGGCAUGUAUACUUUCCGGACGGCAUGCGUCAGCAAGGCAGGAAUGGGCCCCUACAGCAGCCCCUCAGAACAGGUCCUCCUUGGAGGACCCAACCACCUGGGUGAGUUUGUGAGCAGACGGGGCAGAUAUGGGUGUCCGUCAGACCAGGCAUAG